GAAAUCAUUAGCAAUGCAAAGUCAUGGUGUUCUGAUACUCGUAGUCACAAAAAAUCUGCUUAUGUCCACCUAAAUGCUUCUGGAUGUACUUUUUUUCUAAUCUUCAACUACAGACCCGGAACCAAAGAUGAACUGGGCCUCCUUUUAUGCCGUCAUCAGCGGCGUGAACAGACACUCCACUGGCAUCGGUCGUAUCUGGCUCUCUGUCCUCUUCAUUUUUCGGAUCCUGGUCCUGGUGGUCGCAGCAGAGAGCGUGUGGGGUGACGAGAAAUCCGGCUUCACCUGCAACACCCAACAGCCCGGCUGCAACAGUGUUUGCUACGACCACUUCUUCCCCAUCUCCCACAUCCGCCUGUGGGCGCUGCAGCUCAUCCUGGUCUCCACUCCCGCUCUGCUGGUGGCCAUGCAUGUGGCCCACCGCCGCCACAUCGACAAGAGGAUCUACAAACUGUCGGGUCGGACCAACCCCAAAGACCUGGAGCAGAUCAAGAGCCAGAAGAUGAAAAUCACAGGCGCUCUGUGGUGGACGUACGUCAUCAGUCUGCUGUUCCGGAUCAUAUUUGAGGUCACCUUCAUGUACAUGUUUUACAUGAUCUACCCCGGGUACAAGAUGAUUCGACUGGUCAAGUGUGACUCGUACCCCUGCCCUAACACUGUGGACUGCUUCGUGUCGAGGCCCACAGAGAAGACUGUCUUUACAGUGUUCAUGCUGGCUGCGUCAGGGGUCUGCAUCCUGCUCAACAUUGCAGAGGUGGUCUUCCUGGUGGGGAAGGCCUGCAGUAAGCAUUUAAACAAUGCUGGAGACUCAUCUAUGGGGGCUUGGAUCCAACAAAAACUCUGCUCAUAUUAACAAAACAGAGAUGUCAUCCCUGCAUGAAUGGAUAUGGUGCUUUGGGUGCCUUUAAAAGCACUAUAGAAAUCCAAUCCAUGAUUAUUUAUUAUUAUAUAUAAGCAAACAGCCAUUAUACUUAACUUACAGAUGCAGCUGCAGAUACAUUUCCAAUUUAAGCUACUUGGUUAAAGCUGCUGCAGGCAAGAAUGAGCAACAAAUCCAUAACUGUUCAAGUGGUCUGACAGGAAACCAGGCUUUUGCAUGUUUUUUCUAUUGACUGAGAAGUGGCUGGUAAUCAGGUGUUACUGGUGUGGUGGCAUGUGCUGAUUCUACAGCAGUUAACCACUCAUUUGAUUACCAUCCACCACUUUUGGCAGUAAAUGCUGAUAUAUGUUAAUUUCCUAGUGGCAUUUUGCUUCUGAUUCAUAGCGGUUUUCCAGUGGGUAACAGUUGAUGACAUUGUAUUUAGAGCCUGUAGCAAACUGAAUCUACCAAAUGAUGAAUAACAUACUAUAAAAACU